CCAUCCUUUAUUGAUGCAAGUGUCAAUUGGUUGUCCACUGGCAGCACACCCAUACAUUUGGUUCCAGACAAAACUGAAAAACUUGAGCUUCAUAGGUAUUUUGACCAUCCGUUGACCUCCCAACAACAUUUAUAGGGUUUUCGUUCUUCAAUUUGGGGAUAUUGCUACUACAAAAUAUUAAUCUUCAAUUUCAAUUCCAGUUCCAAUCUAGAACAAUAUGCACUUAAAACCCCAAUAUUCUUCACUCCUAAAACUCCCUAAACCUUCAAUUCCUUUCAUCUUCAACCCAAACCCUAAAACCCCCCAAAACCCUAAACCAAAAUUAUCCGAAUUCGAGGUUUUAAACAGAUUAAACGACGAACAAGACAUCAAUUCAGCCACCCAGUUCUUCAAAUUCAUAUCCAAUUCAAACACAUUCCAACACACAUCCCUCACAUACCAAAAAAUGAUCGAAAAAUUAGGGCUAAAUUGCGACAUAAACGGGGUUCAAUAUCUUCUCCAACAGAUGAAACUGGAGGGUAUUAAUUUCUCAGAAGAUCUGUUCGUUAGUGUUAUUCAAUGUUACAGAAGAGCUGGGUUAGCAGAUCAAGGGUUGAAGAUGUUUUACAGGAUUCAAGAUUUCGGGUGUAAACCAAGUGUUAAGAUUUAUAACUGUGUUUUGGAUGGUUUGUUGGAUGAGAACAGGUUUAGUAUGAUGAUUCCUGUUUAUGGGAACAUGAAGAGAGAUGGGUUGGAGCCGGAUAGGUAUACGUAUAACAUUUUGCUGAAAGCGUUGUGUAAGAACGGUCGGAUUGAUGGCGCACGCAAGGUGCUCGAUGAAAUGUCUAAGAGAGAGUGUUUGCCGGAUGAAGUUAGUUACACCACAAUUGUUUGUUCCAUGUGUGAUGUUGGUAUGGUUAAGGAAGCGAAGGAGGUUGUUGCGAGUGUUUGUGGGCAUUUUCCGAUGGUUUCGGUGUAUAAUGCGUUGAUUAUGGGAGUGUGUAGAGAUGGUGAUGUAAAUGAGGCGUUUCGGUUGAUGGAAAAGAUGGUGGUUGAUGGGGUUGAAUUGAAUGUGAUCACGUUUACAACGAUAAUAAACACCCUCUCGGGUUUUGGUGAAGUUGAAUUAUCGUUAGCUAUCUUGGCGAAGAUGUUGUCGAGAAACUGCAAACCGAAUGUGUUCACUUUCACUUCUUUGAUAAAGGGUUUUUGUGCAAAAGGGAAAAUGGAAGACGCGUGUGAACUUUACAACAAAAUGACCCGAGAGGGCGUUUUACCAAAUGUGGUUACGUACAACACGCUAAUAAACGGGUUUUGCUCCAUUGGGAAUAUGCAGAAAGCCGUGUCUUUCGUUAGUGAAAUGGAACGACGAGCAUGCCCGCCAAAUGUAACAACGUAUGGAACGUUGAUCAACGGCUAUGCAAAGUGCAAGGACGUUGUAGGGGCAUCGGAAACAUGGAACAAGAUGAUGACACAGGGGUGCAACCCUAAUGUGGUGGUGUACACAUCAAUGGUGGAUGUCCUUUGUAGUAAUGUCAUGUUUGACGAAGCGUAUAACCUUAUGAACAACAUGAACUGCGCACCAAACGCUGCAACGUUCAACGCGUUCAUCAAAAGUUUGUGUUCAUGUGGAAAGGUUGAUUCAGCAAUGAAGUUGUUCUUUCAAAUGGGAAACUUGGCUAAUUUGACAACGUACAACGAGCUUUUAACGGGAUUUUCAAAAGUCAACGACUUUAAGGCCGCGUCUGACCUCAUACUCGAGAUGGAACGAAAUGGAAUCGGGCUUAACUUGGCCACGUACAACAGGAUUAUUAACAUGUAUUGCUGUAACAAUAUGGUAAAUGAAGGUUUAAAGGUUAUGGCUAAGAUGGUGGUGAAAGGGGUGAAACCUGAUGUGGUAACUUUUAACAUAGUUAUCCAUGGGUGUUGCAAGUGUGGCAAGGUUGACCUUGCGGGUCAACUUUUGGAGUCAAUGAGCCGAGAUGGAUUACGGGCUGAUUUGGUUACGUAUACGAGUCUCGUGCACGGGAUAUGUGGGCUGGGUGGUGUGGAAAAAGGGGAGGAGUGGGUUUGGAGAAUGGUGAAUGAUGGAGUUUGUCCUGAUAAAGGGAUAUGGAGUGUUUUGGUUAGGUGUUUGAUGAGUAGAAUUGGGUAUGGGGGUGCAAUAGAUUUGGUUGAUAGCAUAUUAGUUAGUUAAAACAAUAUAUGAAAAAAAACAAUGAUACUCCAGUGGUCA